AAGGAAUCGGAGGCGGUGAGCGGAGCGGGCAGACACCGGGCAGUGAGGUCCUCGCGCACCCGCCUCUUCCCUGUCCGACGCCUGGGGGUGGAGGGCAGCGCCGCAGAACCUCGGAACGUCCGGAGCCAGUUCCCUCCCCACACACACCCCCGGGAGCGCUGAGUGUGAAGUUCGACCAGGAGGCGAACGGCGGGGACUGCCACGCUCGCUUUGUUCGGAAGAAGCGAAGCAUCGCCCGCCCCCACCAAAAUGGCUGCUUCCGGACACACAUUCCCCUUCUACGCUGGCCCGAAGCCAACCUUCCCAAUGGACACCACCUCGGCCAUCAUCAUCACUGUCUUUCUGACUGCACUGGUCACCUUCAUCGUCAUCCUGCCCGGCAUUCGGGGCAAGAUGAGGCUGUUCUGGCUGCUGCGGGUAGUGACCAGCUUAUUCAUCGGGGCUGUGAUCCUGGCCGCGAAUUUCAGUUCUGAGUGGUCUGUGGGCCAGGUCAGCACCAACACAUCAUACAAGGCCUUCAGUUCAGAGUGGAUCAGUGCCGACGUUGGGCUGCAGGUCGGGCUGGGAGGAGUCAACGUCACACUCACAGGGACUCCAGUGAAACAGCUGAAUGAAACCAUCAAUUACAAUGAGGAGUUCACCUGGCACCUGGGCAAGAACUAUGCAGAGGAGUUUACAAAGGCACUGGAGAAGGGGCUGCCGGACCCUGUGCUCUACCUGGCCGAGAAGUUCACCCCGAGCAGCCCAUGUGGCCUGUACCGCCAGUACCGCCUGGCAGGAUACUACACCUCAGCCAUGCUUUGGGUGGCAUUCCUCUGCUGGCUGCUGGCCAACGUGAUGCUGUCCAUGCCUGUGCUGGUCUACGGCAGCCACAUGCUGCUGGCCACGGGCAUCUUCCAGCUGUUGGCCCUGCUCUUCUUCUCCACCGCCACUGCACUCACCCCACCCUGUACCCUGCACCUGGGCCCUGUAACACUGCACACUCACCCUGGGCCUGCCUUCUGGAUCACAUUGACCACAGGACUACUGUGUGUGCUGCUGGGCCUGGCCAUGGCGGUGGCCCACAAGACACAGCCCCAGAGGCUGAAGGCUUUCUUCAACCAGAGUGCUGUAGAGGAUCCCAUGCUGGACUGGGGUCCCGAGGAAGGGGGGUUCCUGAGCCCCCGCUACCGAUCCAUGGCUGAGAGUUCCGAGUGCCAGGACAUUGCUCUUUCAGAGGCUUCCUCCGAGGCAUGCUGUAAGGAGGAGUGCCCCAGUGAGCCUGACUGUGCCUUAUAAUAUUUCUCCCUCCACUGGCCACCUGGACUUCUAAUUCAGCUCUAGACCUCAUUGGAGCCCCACAAAACCAUCAGAGCCACCCUCAGAGCGGCUUGUAUCAGGCCUCCAGCUCCAAUCUGUAGGUGGAGUAGAGAAAGGAGGCUCUAGCCAUUUAUUUUUUUUAACCCUAAGGUGCUAUACAGACUUUCAGCCUGCACAUAAGCCUUGCAGCCAUGACCAGGAGGGGGCUGCCCCUGGUUCUCACCUAGAGAACCUGUCUUUCCUUGAAGCUUUGACUCUUCAAGGUGCCCUUGACAUUCUUUGAAACCCAAUCUCACUCUCUUAAUAACGUGAGUUAAUAGUGUGAUUAUCCUUUGGUCCCUCAUCCCUCUGCACUUCUUGUUUUCCUUUUGUUCUUCCUUUACUUCCCCGACUUUUGUGACCUCUUGGUACAAUGAAAGACAGCACUGGGAGGGAGAGGAGACCAAACUUCUUAUCCCACGUUGAACAUUAACUAGCGGUGCCACAUUCCCUUUGAGCUUCAAUUCCCAAAUUCACCAAAUGCGAUCGUAUGAGUUGCCAAGGACCUUAAAAAUUCCAGGACUUAUAUUUAUAUUUUUAUGCUUUGCUGACAUCUGCCUAGGCCUUUGGACACCAUCCCCAACAGGAGUCAGGAAUGGAGAGUUGGUGAAUAAACUCUGAAAUGCUAUGCCUCUCCAGCCUACUCAGCUGGGCCAGCACAGGGGGAUUCUGGUGGGAGAGGACAUGCCUCUUACUCCCACCUCGGGGGCGGCUCAGGAAGAUGAGCAGGGUCAGUUUCCCACCGGCCUCACUAGAGGGCGCCCCUCUCCUGGAGCCUUUCCUAGAUUCUUCUGGGUUCUCCUCCCUGAGAAAAUCUGGUUUUGCAGCAAGGCUGAGGAAGAAAAUGUACCAGGCUGUCUCCAGGCCAGUGAAGC